CCCAAAGGAGCCCAAUAAUAUAACAGAAGGUACCUCCGUGACUUUGCUGACUAUGAGCUGUUAGUAUAGGAGCCUCACCAUGGACCUGUACAAAGCAGCUUUCCUCCUGGGAGCCCUGAUCUGCACUGUGAGUGGUAAGGACGUGGACGGCUACGUCAGAACUCAAGGGGUGUGGCUCCUCCCGCGGAACAGGCGAACUUAUUCGGUACAAACUGUGGAUGAGUGCGCCACCAAAUGUAACACUGAAACAAUGUUCUUAUGCAGGUCAUUUAUGUACACUGAAAAGGAUCAAGAGUGUUGGACUGCAGCAGCCAACUCUAAAACAGAGACGAUCCUGCGCAGAAUCAGCACAGUUUUAUAUGAAAAACAAGAAUACCUCCUGGAGUGUGUAAAUGGAAUAGGAACCGAUUACAGAGGAACAAAGUCCACAACAAAAUCAGGAAAGACAUGUCAGAGAUGGGAUGCAAAUUUCCCACACAGACCAAAUAUCAGACCGCAGACCCACCCCCAAGCAGACCUGGAGUUCAACUUUUGCAGAAACCCUGAUGGAGACUCAGGGGGAGUCUGGUGUUACACCACAGAUGCCAACACCCGCUGGGAGCACUGCAAUGUGUCCUCCUGCUCUGAUGAGUGUAUACACUGCAGUGGUGAGGACUACAGAGGAAAAACAUCCAUUACUGAGAAUGGUUUCACCUGCCAACGCUGGGACUCCCAGAAACCUCACAACCACGGCUACAACCCCAGCGCCCUUCCAGAGAAGUACCUCGAAGAAAACUACUGCAGAAACCCUGAUGGAGACCCCCGACCUUGGUGCUUUACCACUAACCCAUCCAAACGAUGGGACUUCUGCUCCAUUCCCCGCUGCACAUCUGAGCCUCCCACCAUCAUCCCAGAGCUGACCUGCGCCACUGGUGAAGGCGGAGCGUACCGAGGCACGGUUGCCGUGACAGAGUCUGGCAAAACCUGCCAGAGCUGGUCGUCUCAGACGCCUCACAAACACAACCGCACCCCAGAGAACUACCCCUGCAAAGGCCUCGAUAACAACUACUGUCGUAACCCCGACAACGAGAGGAUGCCCUGGUGUUACACCACUGAAUCUGAAACUCGCUGGGAGUACUGCAAGGUGCCAAGAUGUGGGGAUUCCAAUGAUGAUGAUGCAGUGAUCCCCCCAGAGGAGGAGGACUGUUUUGAGGGGGAUGGGACCAGUUACCGUGGCAUAACAUCAGAGACCAUCAGCGGGAAGAAAUGUCAAUUCUGGAGUUCAAUGAGUCCACACAGACAUUCAAAAACACCAGAGAACUUCCCCACAGCGGACCUCAGGAGGAAUCUGUGCAGGAACCCUGACGGAGACCGAGCUCCCUGGUGUUACACUACAGACCCCACCGUCCGCUGGGAGUACUGCAACCUGGAAAAAUGCCGCACCAGCACUUCAGAUUCAGGAGGAUCACCUACCCAACAGCCUGUACCCCAGACCCCAGUAGAGGACUGUAAGGUUGGAAAUGGACAAACUUACCGGGGCCCAACCUCCAUCACCGCUCUGGGUGUGACCUGCCAGGCCUGGAGUGCUCAGAGUCCUCACACACACAGCAGCUUCACCCCACAAACUCACCCCACCAGCGGCCUGGAGGGCAAUAACUGCAGAAACCCAGAUAACGAUGUGAACGGACCAUGGUGCUACACUACCGACAAGAGCAAGAAAUGGGACUACUGUCAGAUCCCUGACUGUGCUGGACUGAACUGUGGGACGCCAGUUAUCAAACCAAAGCGUUGUUUUGGUCGCAUUGUUGGAGGCUGCGUGUCUAAAGCUCACUCGUGGCCCUGGCAAGUCAGUCUCCGGACUAAUACAGGAGUCCAUUUCUGUGGAGCAACUCUGAUUAACCCUCAGUGGGUCCUCACUGCUGCACACUGCCUGGAGAGAUCCAGGCGGCCCUCAGCCUACAAAGUUCUCCUGGGGAUCCACACAGAGAGAGCCAACGAGCUGUCGAAACAGGAGAGGGAUCUGGAUAAACUGGUGCUGGGACCCAACGGAGCCGACAUCGCUCUGCUCAAACUGCAGAGACCUGCAAUAAUAAAUGACAAAGUCCUGCCAGUUUGUCUGCCAGAGAAGGACUAUAUUGUUCCCAGUGGAACAGAGUGUUAUGUUACAGGAUGGGGAGAAACUCAAGGUACGGGAGGUGAUGGCACCCUGAAGGAAGCUGGUUUCCCUGUGAUCGAGAACAAGAUCUGUAAUCGUCCGUCCUAUCUGAACGGCAGAGUCAGAGACCACGAGAUGUGUGCUGGAAACAUUGAGGGAGGAACAGACAGCUGCCAGGGUGACAGCGGUGGUCCUCUGGUGUGCUAUUCUCAGAAUGGGUAUGUCCUGCAAGGUGUGACGUCCUGGGGCUUAGGCUGCGCCCAGGCCAUGAAACCCGGCGUCUACGCUCGUGUCUCUAAGUUUAUCGACUGGAUCGAGAGAACCAUUGCAACCGGUUAAAAACUCCCCACACUGAACUAACAGCUUCAAAUGUGACAAGUCGCACAGAAAGUUGUUCAUUUUGCUUUUGGAAGAUACUUUAACAUGUAUAUACUGUUUUGCUCCAUUGUGAUUACUUAAAUUUGUCGUCUGGAAAUUUCUGAUGUUAACAUUAUGUGUCUCUGUCCCUGAGGUACAGUUAGGCACAUUAGAACACAAUGAGCAGAGCAUAGUCCUGGUUUUAGGAUGCAAAGGUGUGUUUCCUGUGAGAGCUGAAAAAUAAAACUUUAUACAAA